AUGUCUGAAUCCCAGUCUAAGGAGCCUCAGGCAUUUGAGGGCUCCAAACUGCAUUCUGCAUGCUUCCUAUACCCUGCGAUAGAUAACCAUGCGCACCCACUGCUUGCAGAAGAGCAUCGUGAUAAGUUUGCAUUAGAGGGUCUUAUAUCCGAAGCACAAGGACCCGCUUUGACUGAAGAUUCGGUCCACACUCUUGCAUGUCUGAGGGCUGUUCGACAGCUCAGCAAAAUCGUAGACCUGGGUUCAGAGAAAACUUGGGAAUCGUACAAAGCAGCUCGAUCUAAAUUACCCUACAGAGACCUUUGCCAACGAUUUAUGGACAAGAAAGCCACCAAAACACAGUGCAUUUUUCUUGACGACGGUCUGGGAAAUGUGGACGAAUUUGCGGAAGGAUGUGAAUGGCACGAUCAGUUUACCAGCAGUCCCACCAAGCGGAUCGUUCGUGUCGAGAUUGUUGCUGAGGGAAUCCUGACAUCCAUGCUCCAAUCGGCUCAAGCAGUCAACCAUGAUCUGCUCAACACUUUCAGCCGAAGCUUCGAAGAAAGUUUGACAAGCAGCGCCAAUGAUUCUUUGGUGGUUGGUUACAAGUCCAUUGCCUGCUAUCGGACUGGGCUCGACAUUACUGUCUCCGAGGACGUCCAAGGAGCGGUUGCAUGUCUUGCGGAAGUGAACCAUUCGUUCACAGAAUCAGGAAAGAUUCGGCUGGCGCACAAAGCAUUGAACGACCACAUUGUGAGAAUUGCGUUGAAGGUAUCCGGCGAAUGUGGCAAACCUAUUCAAUUCCACACUGGACUCGGCGACAACGAUCUGUCUCUUAAUCAUGCGUCACCCGCACAUCUGCAACCUGUUAUCAAGGCAUUUCCAAAGACCCCAUUCGUUCUGCUCCAUUCUGCUUACCCAUUUACCCGCGAAGCGGGCUACCUGACAGCAGUUUACUCGAACGUGUGGCUUGAUUUCGGAGAGGUCUUUCCGUUCGUCAGCGCUGCAGGUCAGCGUUCGAUAAUCCAACAAGUGCUUGAGUUGGCACCAACAAAUAAAAUUUUGUGGUCGACAGACGGUCAUUGGUGGCCAGAGUCUUUCUACCUAGGUUGUCUGCAAGCAAGAGAAGUUCUAUGGCAAGUUUUAUCCGACUACCUACGUCGCGGGGAGUUAUCGGAGGACGAAGCGGUUCUGAUCGUUCAAAACGCGUUGUUCCAUAACGCGAAUAAGUUGUACAAGCUGGCGUUGGAGCCAAAUUUGACCGAGUAG